AUGGCCGAUUCUUCAGCAGACACUUCUUUGCUCUCACACCUCGACAGCUCUCAGAUAAACUGCUUGAACGAGUCCUCUGAGCACAACCUCAAAUCGAUCCUCCAAUCCAAGGCGCUCAACUCUGGUCCAGCAUACGUCUUGAGCGAUGUUGACGAGCAGCUCCUACUUAGCGUCCACUUCAAUCAAACCGUGCGCGUUCGUGCCAUAGUCAUCAAGGCCAGCAAUACCGCUCAAGCUCCUCGAGAUAUCAAAAUAUUCGUCAACCACCCUUCAAUAGGAUUUGAAGAUGUAGACUCGGAUGGUGCUGAUCGCAAUGCAGCACAGGUCUUCUCUUUAUCGGAAGCGCAGGUCACUCAGGGGCAACGAAUCCCGCUGCGCUACGUUCGAUUCCAGAGUGUCAAUAGCAUUCAUAUCUUCGUUAGCUCCAACCAUGGCGACGAGGACCAGACAAGAAUCGAUGGCAUCGAUUUCCUCGGUACCCCCGUAGAGGCCACAAAAGACCUGAGCGGGUUGCAACAGGAGGAAGACUAG